AUGUCAAUUUAUGCCAAAGGCAAUUUUCCGAACUCCUGGGUGGCCCCUCUUUCAUCCAAGGUUAGUAAGAAUUGAUUUCCAGCAGGCGUGUUUGAAAACGCCGAUUUUAUUUUCAUCCAUAUUUUCCGAGUCUAUUUUUAAAUAUCCUCUAGGAUAUCAAUUGUUUAGUGUGGUAGAAGGAUCCUUCUAUGCAGUAAUACUUUGCACACCUCCGUCCAAUGACAGUAACGAAGACGGUCAAAAUCGCGUGCUUGUACUUCUUCGUAUGCUCGCCAAAUGGAUUUGAAAGCGGUUAUUGUAUUCGUUGGCCUUCUCAGGAAAAUGUGGUUUAUUGUGCCAUCCCAAAAUAAAAGACAACCCACUUGUAGAAAAACACUGUUCUGCAAACUUUGACCUCGUCAAUAAAAGCACGUUACUAAUUAUACGCAGGGCAGUGAAUUCUGUCAUUACCGCCCUGGAAAAUAAAAAUCUCCUUCAGUAGAGGCUUCCAAGACCGAAUUUUCUGAGUUUCUUAAAUCCGUUUGUUAUUAAUUUUUCAUUUUCAAGCCAGUUGGUUUGUUGAUAGUCGCCGCAUAAUACGUUUAAGAUACAUUCAGAAAAUUAUCAUCCUCAUGCACGCCGCAGUCAUUAUUAACGGCAAAGUUGCCGUAAACUUCAAGUGGACAGUACUGUCUUCCAUUUUCUUCAAGCCAACGCCCUGGCUUUUGACGUCCAACUCUGGCUUUGUUAUCGACGGAAUCUGAAGAUGCUAAUAGGCUUAGUUCUUUUAAUGCUUUUUGACCUAUUAAUCUGCGUAACUGCCGUCAGGAAGCUCUAGUUACUGGUUCCAGAUGUGGUGUUUCACACUGCUCGUUUACGUAUUGGUUUCGCAGCGAGGCAACUUUGAAUUUUCACGGCCUUGUGUACGUUUGGCGCCGCGUGAAGAGGAACCCCGUUUGAGAAUUUCCUAACGAAAUCGAAAAACCUUUUAGCGAUUUGCAUAGAAGAUUAUCUCAGUAUCAUUCCAUGCGUACUUCGAUGGUCUUUUCAACAUUAAAUGAGUAUAAAAUUGGGAGGAAGGAGGCGUCGGGGGAAAUAAUCAGCGAGAUUUUUUUUAUUUACAUUACUCAGAGAGAAUUCGCUAUCGAGACAUCAAUUAUGGAUAGACAAAACGAGUUCCUGACAAAAUGGUCCAUCAAGUUAUCUAGGUACUGUUGUCGAUGUUAUAGGAUUGCGUCGAUCACACCAAACCAUAGGCCAUACAAUUGCUGUCAAAAAGUAAUUAAGCAAUCAUUUUAUAGAAGGUCGCUUCUAACAUGCAAAAAGAAGUAACGAAAAAAAUACCCUGAGUGUCCAGCUGUCCAGUGCUGCUGCACGUAACAACACAGACGCCGUGUUACCUUAACGUUUAAAAUAUUCGAAUUUAUUGAUAAGCACAUGUUGGCGGGGAAAUCUGAUGACAGAAUGAUGCAAAUUAUGCGGAAUUUAGGCCGUACUGAAACACGCAUUCUGGCGAAUAAUCGCUAUAUUUUGGACUGGUCGUCUGUCAGGAAACGGCCACCUACCUUUACGGGCCUUUUUACCCGCGAAACAGUUCCUAUUGAGAGACACAGCAAGGGGACUAUGAGAUGGGACGUUUCUGCGACGAUAUUCUCUGUUCAAAACUAAUCCUGUAGGCCAGCGGGUGUUCACACGGGGUAAAUCGAUAAAACAGCGGAUGAAUACCAGACCGAGACUCCAAACAGCCCGCCGACUGUUUCGUGUGUUUUAUCAGGCCAAAAGAUCAGACAGGCACAGUGAGUGGCUGAUCUCAUGAAAUAUUAGCCGGAAUACCGAAAUGAGCUUUCGAUUAGGAGAGAUAACGUAGGCUGAGCUAUACUAUUAAGUGCCGUGCGACAUAAUCUUAGGACAUUUUAAAUUCGCCAGAAAGUUGGCUUUUGAACGCACUGCAAUCGGUAAAAAAUGAUCAAUUUAGUAUGUAUUUUUAACAUGGGCUUUCGGCGGUCUUAUAAGUUCAAAUAUAGUUUUCAGAAAACAUGCACAAAAGACGUUUUCUUUUACACGUUGGGUAGAAAAUGACGUUGUCUUCACAUUUCACGCUCUAAGAAAGGAUAUACUUUGAUUCUAAAUGAAUUUAUUUUUACGAGAUUUUCCAGGACCAUGCAGAAAUGUUCAUUCACACAGCGCCGUACCUGUACGUUUAUUAAUGCUCCUCGUUAGGCGCGCAUCGUAGUCCGCAUCGAUUGAAAGAUUUUGUUAGUCCUACAUAAUAUCUUUUUAAAGGCGUAGAAGAAUAUGCGAUUUUUCUUACGCGAAAAGUAUACACAUUAUAGACUGUAACGCUAAACUCCGAUGCAUUCGCUAAUCUGGCUCAAAAUUAUUCGGGAACUGCAAAACGUCUUUCAUACUUUGAAUAUACCCCUCAUUCGAGAAUAAAAUGCGAAAAUGACGCGAGAUGCUACCAUACAAGAAAAGACAGCAUAUUCUGUGCAUGCUUUCUAUAAAAUAUAUUUGAAUUUAUAAGGCUAUCGAAAAGCAAUGUGAAACAUACGUAAUAUAUAAGUAGUUAUUUUUUACCGAGUGCAGUUUUUACAGAAGGUCGGAAAGAAACUCAUUCAAAAGCCAACAUCCUGGCCAGCCCGGAAAUUACGAGAUUGCGCCGCGUGAUAAUUAAUAUUGCAACCCCACCUAAGUAAUCAUUCCUAAUCGAAAACGCAUUUCAGAAUCAAGGCUAACAUUUAGUAAGAUGGGUCACUGACUGUAUAUUGCUGGUUUCGUCAUUCAACUAUUAUAUCUUUGUCUAAAAACGCAGUAAAAGAUCAACUAACUCUCUGUGUUCGCUGCUUGUUAUUGUCUUUACUCAGAACGUGAACUAAUUUCUGAUCAAAUAUUAUUUGUUUCAAAAAACGAUUGUGGCUAGCUCCUCUAGAAAGAUUUUAUGUAAAUGCGGAGGACGUAGUACUCUCCAGUCGCAUGUUCUGUUGUUCUUUAAGAUAAUGAGGCUUUCACUUAGCACAGUUACUUUACUUACUGAGUGCUUACAAAACUGUUUUGGCUGCAGGACUUGGUCGCAAACGAAUCAGUAGAGUUUUUGCGCGUAAAUGUAGGACAAAACGAAAGACUUUAUUAUUGAGUUAAAGCAAGCGAGGCUAAAACCUUCUCUUGAAUUUUAGUACAUUUUAAUUUUCCGCCAUUCCCUGUUUUCCUAUGUCAAGUAUAAAUGCAGACUUAACAAGCGUGGUUACUCGAAAGUGUUAUUGGUUACUUUAAAUUGUUCACUAAAAGUGUUCAUACGUCAAAAUAAGGAUUGUCUUACUUUCAAAUAUAUGGUCAUUAGAUCAGAAUAUGGGUAAUACCUUCUUAGUUUUCAAUUACUUUUAAAGAGAUAUGCAUUACAAUAUAUAAUGGUAGAGGCUGUGCUCACCGAUCUUUACUACGGAACUCACUCGUCCCAUUGUGCCUUAGGGCCCUCUCUCGAGUUCAACCAGCAGACGCACAGCGGCGCAUGAUAUAGAUAAAAUGAUAUUGCCGACAAGGACAAGGGAGACUGGAAUUGCCAUUUCUGGCUUAUUAGCCGUCGUCAGCCAGUCAUACCCAACCACGAAGUGUGCAAAACCUGGGGCUUGAACUCGCGACCUGUUAGUUAGAAGUCCAACGCAUCUAACCACUAUGCCACGGGCCGCUGUCUUGUUGGCUGCGAUCAUGCGCUGCUGUGAGGCUGUUGGUUGGACUCGAGAGAAAGCCCUAGGGCACAACGCGAGAAGUGAGUUCUGUAGAAUUGAUCGGUGAGCGCCCCCCCUACCAUUGUAUAUUUCCGAUCGCAACCGACAGGACAAUGGGCCCGUGUCCCAGUGACUAGAGGCCUUGGACUUCUAACCAACAGGUCACGGGUUCGAGCUCCAGGUGUUACACACUUAGGGGUUGAGUAUGACUGGCUGACGACGGCUCAUAAGCCAGAAAUGGUCAUUGCGGUCUCCCUUAUCUUAGUCGGUAAUAACACGACAAUAUAUAACUUGCGAAGAUCAGAAGUACGUCCGAAAAUCGUUCGUCUGUUUGUUACUUGUUAAAUUAAACAUUUUCUCUGUUCGACUACUAUCGAAGUCAUCAAGCGGAAAUUUACUGGAAGUUAAAAUUGCCGUCAGAAAAUAAUUGUGGACUCAAAAUGAGAGAUAAAAAGAGGCCCGACUGCAUAUUUGUACCGAAAGGGAAGUUUGAGGACGACAGCCGACUGAUUUUUCCUUUAGUUCAAAUGGAGUGAUGGAAAAGCCUCCAUUUUCAGACAUUCAAUGUUUAAGUGGCAAAAUUUCAUGCGUCACGGUUAAUAAGAACGCAGAAAUAAGUAAACAACGUGAGAGUUGUGGGCCGUAAAUGACUUCUGGAUGUAAGCCGUAAACGGUGUCAUUAGGUUGCAUGCAUAACCAAAGGAGAAUUCGGUCUCAAGUGAGCAAAUAGCCGAAUUUUCAUCUGGUCAAAGAAGCAUAAUCAUGUUUGAAUGCAGAGAAAAGUAAGAACAACUCAAGUCUGACGAGCUAUCAGCUGCAUCAGAAGACAAAAUUACGUAUCUCGUAUUGCUUAAACUUAUGAUUAUAUAAUUUACUUAUCGAAUGGCCAUAGUCGCCAUCUUACGAACACAGACGGUUUUGAUCGUUUGGCAAGUUGACGAGGUGCUACCUAUCAAAAGUUCUUGGAGGAAGUGACAAAAGAAAAAUUUCUUCAUUGGUUAGCCAAAACCCAGUCUUCUAGCUGGUUUAAACUCCCGAAAUCGCCGAUAGACGGUUGGUAUUUCAAAGUUGCUAGAGCACUGGGUAGCAAACUAAGACAGUUGAAUAUCACGAUAAUCAGUGUUUUUGUUUAUGGUUAUGAGUUGCGCAUUUUAUAACCCAGGACAGGAUACACAUACUUAUUUGUCAAUCUUGAAUGAAAAAUGGCAGUUACUAACACGGUAGACUUUUAAGACGACCCUGAUCCCUUGUUCCAAAUUAGACAUUUAUACCCAGCUUAAUCCGGGCGGGUAUAUCGAUACCUAAGCGCAUGUCUUCCUCCGCAAAUUCAAUUCACCUGAAGCUAGAUACUUCGACACUUCCAUGUUUGCCAACAGAAGCGAAGAGACGAGUCCCAGGAAGCAGUCUUGAAGAAGAAGACACGCUCGCCGGGACAAAAGCUUUAUUAGCCUGACGUUUGGGAUUCCUGCUCGAAUCCACCAUCAGAGACAUAAGCAGAUAAGGGUGGUUCAUGCACAUGCGGCUGCAGUAUUUAUAGGAUGCAGUAGCCAUGCUACCGCAUACCUAUGAAUAUUCACGGCUUCCUCCCCUUCAUCAGGGAUCGUUGCACGUGGUGUGAUGGCCGACAUUCGCGUCGUUAAUUGUUGCAAUUUCAUCACGUGCGGUGGAUGUUGGUGCGAUGAUUGCUCGAUCAUCUGACGCGCUGACCCGAGUGUUGGGAAGAGUGUUCACCAGUGCGUUCCCCGCGUGGCCAAUUACUCCGCCUAGACGAAGUCUCAGCACCGAGUAUUGAAUGGGAAGAUCACUGCACUUGUAAAUAGUCUGGGGGCCAGUAAAUCAUGAGUCAAGCAGCUCCCGGCUCACGCGGUUGUCAUCUCUUGCAAGAAUUUCGGCCUCGUCAAAUUUGAGUGGGUGGCCGGAACCCGUCGAAUGAGCCACAACUUGAGAGCUGGCGUCAUUUCUGCUCACCGCUGCAGCGUGUUCGGCCAUUCGCGUUUGGAGCUGUCUUCCGGUUUUUCAUGUGCAAUAACACCGACCGACAGACGCAUGGCGAGACCUUAAGAUACGGCUUUGGCCCGAUUCUAUGGCCACUCUAAGGUGCACAAAGACGGCGCUCCUCUUCAACCCAUCGCGUCGCCCAAAGGUACUCCAACGUAUGGACUGGCUAAGUGGCUGUUUUGGCGUCUCAAGUUCCUGACCGCUGAGUCAGACACCACGAUCUCUUCGUCAGCAGAAUUUCUGGAGAAACUCAAAGAGGUAAGCCUCCAUCCAAAUGAGGUCAUGGUAUCUUUUGAUGUUACAUCCCUUUUUACUUCUAUCCCCCAGGACCUGGCGAUCGAGACAAUCGAGCUGCUACUACAAAGCAAAUACGAUGAAACGGAGAACCGUCGUAGACACGCCCAAGUUCUUCAGCUCCUUCAGCUCUGUCGAAGGACGAACUUCACGUUCGACGGGACAAUCUACAAACAGAUGAAGGGCACACCAAUGUGUUCGCCGAUUUCGGGGUUCAUCGCCGAGGCGGUCCUGCAACGGUUAGAGUCGCUGAUCUUCAAACACCACAAACCGAAGUUCUGGGCCCGGUAUGUGGAUGAUACCUUCGUCGUCAUCGACCGGGAUCAACUGCUGACAUUCAAAGAACGUCUGAAUGCGGUCUUCCCGGACAUACAAUUUACGAUGGAGGAGGAAGAGAACAACCAGCUGGCCUUCCUGGAUGUCCUCGUAUGUCGAAAGGAUUGUGGUGGGUCAAAGACAAAAGUGUUCAGGAAAGCGACAAAUACGAUGCAAGUACUGAACUUCAACAGCAACCACCCAAUCAGUCACAAACGCAGUUGUGUAAGGACGCUCUAUCGGCGUGUCGAAACGCACUGCAGUGAGCCGGAAGACACGAUUGCCGAACUGCAAUACCUCCGACGGGCCUUUAAAGCCAAUGGUUACCCGCACAACUUUGUCAACCGGUGCAUACGCAAAAUGGACGAAAGGCCUAACCGCACAAGCACCAAAGUUGGGCGAGCGCUUCCAUAUAUCAAGAACGUUUCGGAAGCUGUUGGCCGCCUUCUCGCACCACUUGGGGUUGGAGUUGCACACAGGCCGGAGGCAACCAUCAGGCGUCCGUUGAUGAAACCAAAAGACCCAAUGCCACGGCAAGAAACGUCUGGAGUCGCUUAUCGGAUCUGGUGCAGUUGCGGACAAAGCAAAUACGUCGGAGAAACCGGAAGACAGCUCUUAACGAGAAUGGCCGAACACGCUGCAGCGGUGAGCAGAAAUGACGCCAGCUCUCAAGUUGUGGCUCAUUCGACGGGUUCCGGCCACCCACUCAAAUUUGACGAGGCCGAAAUUCUUGCAAGAGAUGACAACCGCGUGAGCCGGGAGCUGCUUGACUCAUGGUUUACUGGCCCCCAGACUAUUUACAAGUGCAGUGAUCUUCCCAUUCAAUACUCGGUGCUGAGACUUCGUCUAGGCGGAGUAAUUGGCCACGCGGGGAACGCACUGGUGAACACUCUUCCCAACACUCGGGUCGGCGCGUCAGAUGAUCGAGCAAUCAUCGCACCAACAUCCACCGCACGUGAUGAAAUUGCAACAAUUAACGACGCGAAUGUCGGCCAUCACACCACGUGCAACAAUCCCUGA